AUGGGUCCCGCACACGCGCGCGCGCGGUCGCGGGCGCCGACGCGGUCGAGCGCGAUGCGAACGGAUCUCACUCGCGAUCGCCCGCGGGUUUCACCGCGCGCGGCGACGCGGAUGAGGAGAGAGACGAGGAAUCGCGCGCGCGUCGGCGGCGCCCGUUCAUGCGCGCUCGACCGUUCGAACGCGCGCGUUCGGACGCGCACGCGCGCGCGGGCGUGGGAAGAUGACGAGGAGAGCGAUGCGGAUGGGUGGGGGGAUCGAGUGCGCGCGGGACGGGCGUCGUCGACGGCGGGAGGACGGGAGCGGGACGACGGCGGACGGGGCGCGCGGGACGGCGGACGCGCGCGCGGGGGGCCGGACGAUGGAUUCGGGGCGCGGCGAGGGUUUAACAGCGCGCGCAGACGCGCACGCGUGGAUGGGGAGCGUCCGGACGUGUGGGCGCUGACGCAGAGGGAUUACGAGCGCGUGCUUCCGAUCGGCGCGACUGGGGAGCAAUACGGGUACUUCUGGGGAGACAGCGACGUGUUGUUCCAGCGCGCCGGUCUGUCGCUCCUGGUGACGGUGCUCACGGUGAAUAACUUUCCAUACAUUGCCGUCCCAGCGUGCACGUUCUUCCUCUGGGCGCCCGUGGCGCUCGCGGCGAGGCGAAACUCCAAGGUUCGUAGCGCAAAAUACGCAGGUCUGUGGCGAGCAAAAGUACUCGCGUGCGAGCCCAUCGAGACGCGUGGGACGUCAAGCGUGGAUUGGAUGUUUAAUUUACUCAUCGGUGACGACUCGGGUGCGCGCGUACCCCUGAAGGUUCCGCUCAAGGCGGAGUACGCGGAUAUCAACGUCGGCGAGGACGUCGAGCUCAUCGUCACCUCGGAUGAUCCUGAUUUCUACACCUUCCAGGCGAUUCGGGAGGCGUACCUCCCGUAUCUCGACGUUUGGGUGGGCGAAUAUCCGUUUCUCGAGCGUCGAGGGAUGAUCAACGUGAGCGAUCGCAUCGCGUCCGGGGAGUCGCGAGAGUCGGCGUGA